AUGAGAAACGUGCUGGUUUUGCUUGGAUUUGUAGCGGCGUUCGGUGUUCCGAAAAUCCAUGCUGCUCCACAAUCGCUAGUUGGAAGACCGCUGGCAUUGCCGUUUUCAGUCAAAGGUCCACGCAUACGUGGCGGUAUUCCCGUGGGACCAGAAGAGAUUCCUUACGCGGCUGGCUUAAUGAUACAACAAUCGAUGGGUAGUCGCUGGUGUGGUGGUAGUCUGGUGUCCGUGAACUACGUCAUAACAGCCGCUAGCUGCUUUUUGGAUCCCGGUCCGACCACAGUGCUUUUGGGGGCCUCUGAUACAACCAAUGUGGCAGAUAUCGUUGUAGCAAGCGAAAUUAUUCUUCACCAAGCAUUUGUUGCUAGCCAAAAUCUCAACGAUAUAGCUUUAGUGCGACUAGCCAGACCAGCUAACAUAACCAAUAACAUUCAAUUGGCGCGGUUGCCCAACUGGAGGCAGGCAGAAUCCCUUUUCAUCGGCCAACUGGCCACUGUAAGCGGCUGGGGAGCACUUGGUCAGAACGCUCCGGAGUUACUGCCCCUUAACCAUCUGCACCGCCUCAGUGGCACGAUCAUUACCAAUGCAGCUUGUAAUUUGCAGUUCUUCGGAGGCAUUACCGAGAGUCACAUUUGCACUGCGACGACCAAUGGAUCCCCGUGCCUCGGCGAUCAGGGAGGACCGUUAACGGUACAGGACGCUGAUGGUGGCCACACCGUAAUCGGUGUUUUCUCCUUCGUCUCCAAUCUCGGAUGUGACGUUGACUGGCCGGCAGUAUACACGCGCGUCACACGUUACCUCUCCUGGAUCGAGGCAAACUCAGACGUAAUCAUACGCACCGACUUCGACUUUUUACCGACACCACCGAAUCUAAUCACUACCACCGUGGCUACACCGGAGCCAACCCACCAAGAAACGACCACGACCAGCGUGUUUACUACGACUACUGUUACACCGGAGCCGACCCACCAGGAUACGACCACGACCAGCGUGUUUACCACGACUGCUGUUACACCGGAGCCAACACACCAGGAAACGACCACGACCAGCGUGUUUACCACGACUACUGUUACACCGGAGCCGACGCACCAGGAUACGACUCCGACGACUUUGUCUUAG